CCUAAGGGGGUCAGUGCUAGGUCAGGGGGCCACUUUCUCCAGCCAGCUUCACCUGGUUCAAGAAAAAAACAUCAACAGGACCAGCUGGAUUCUUCACGUGAGAGCCUCUUGAUUUUGUUGUAAAGGUUAUCAUAGGAGCUGGACAUUGUGAGGGUUGGGAAUCUUUUGCAAGUUGACUAGGAGACUAUUUCAUCAAGGAGAUCAGAGGCAACUUUGCUACAAAUUUUUAGAAACUAUCGACAAAUAGGUUUUUCAGACACAUUUCCAUUGCCCUGUGGAAAACCUCCUUGGUGUGAUGUAGAAGCUCAAGUCCUACUGACCAAAACCCAGUGGCAUCAUCACCAAGUCACCACCUCCAGUUGCAGUACCGACCAUGGUCCGCCGUGUGUGUGUGGUUGGUGCGGGGGUGGUCGGCUUGUCUUCUGCUGUCUGUAUCCAGGAGAAAGUCCCUGGCGUCCAAGUCACAGUUCUGUCCGAGAAGUUCUCUCCCCACACAACGAGCGACGGUGCCGCUGGCUUCUGGGAACCACACAUCUUGAACGACACACCACAAGAGCUUAUCAGACGUUGGGGGGAUGAAACCUGGGACCACCUGAAGACUCUGUACCUGAGUCCUGUGGCUUGUGAUGCUGGUGUGAUUUUACUGUCUGGCUACCACUUACAUAAACAGCCUCAACAGGAUCCAGACUGGGCUUCCACAGUAUUUGGGUUUCGUCACCUGACCAAACAAGACCUGCAACAGUUUCCUGGUUUCAGCUCCGGAUGGUUCUCUACCCACCUGCUGUGUGAAGGUAGGAAAUAUCUACCCUGGUUGAUGACGAAGUUCAAGAAAGCUGGAGGCAAGGUGCAACAGGGGAAGGUUACAUCACUGACUGAGCUUGCUGACCGCUACAAUGUUGUAGUGAACUGCUGUGGGAUCGGUGCCGGAGAGUUGGUGGGAGACAGCACAGUUCAGCCUGUUAGGGGACAAGUCUACAGGGUACAUGCUCCGUGGAUCAAAUGUUUCUUUGAUGCUGAGUAUGAUGGACAUGAUUUCUAUAUAUUUCCAUGUUCCAACAAUGUUGUUCUGGGUGGAACAGCACAGAAGGGGAACUGGAACCUCAGCCCACACCCCACUGACAGCAAAGCCAUCUGGGAAGGCUGCUGCCAACUGGUGCCAAGUCUGAGGAAGUGCAAAGUGGACCAUGAGUGGGUGGGGUUACGGCCCAGCAGGCCAAAGGUCAGACUGGAGAGAGAGUCGGUAGGGAAAGGUUCCUCCAGUCUUGAGGUAGUGCACAACUAUGGCCAUGGUGGGGCGGGGAUCACCCUCCACUGGGGGUGUGCUCAACAGGCGGCCAGGCUAGUGCAGGAGGCACUUAGCUUACAGCAACUCAAACCCAAACUGUGAAGAGCACAAAACACAACGUUGAACUGUAAUUUCCAACAUGAAAAUCGGACUUACCCAUUUGAAACUGACUUCUUGAACAGCUGCAGUCUUUGUCAAGGAAUGAACAAUCCACUGCUUCUGUGAUGUCACAUUGUCACCUUGACAAAGACUGGAGCUGUUCAGUUAAAAAUUGGAUAAGUCCAAUUUUUGUGUUAGAUUACAGUGUCAACUUUUCCAGAAUCACUACUACUCUCUCUUUCUCAAAAGAGUUCAGAUUAAGAAUACUUACAGUAUAGUGAAUUUAUGAGGUUUAGGUAAUCUUAUGUGCCAAAAAAAUAAUGUUCUUGGAUUCAUUAAUUCAAACCUUUUGACUUAUGUUCACUUCAAAGUACCAAAUGAUGUCUAAACUAGUGCCAUUUUAAAAGGGUUUAUAUAAUCAAGAGAUUUUUUUAAUGAUUUGUUCAUGUACAUGUAAUGUUUCAACUGAAAACUUGUUGUAUUGUUGGGUCCUUUUGUGUUUGUUUCAAAAGAAUGUACUGUCUGUCAUUUAUUUGGGAGUUAAUAAUGCAAUAUUGUAACAUCUAGUUUGGUGCCAAACAUUUUAGAUAAUUGUAUAUCAAUUAUGUUAAAAGAAGGUGCUUAAAUUAAUCUUUGUUGCAAAUGCCAAAUUGUGCCAAUUAUACAGAGUUUGUGAUUAUACAAAUGUACAAUAGUCUGCUAACAAAGUCAUUCACCAGCAGCUAUUUGUUAAUUUCUUUGUAAACAGGGUCAUUAAAAUGCAAUAGUUCUAAAUAUAGUAAAUUGUUCUUUAUUUUUUAUUGUCUGUGGGAGGUCUGUGUUCAAGGGAAAAAAUUGCAACAGUUUUAUUUUGCUGCAGCAUAACAGACUAAUUGCAACUCCAGAUUUGACAGACUCUAGACUCUAAGUUUAUGAUAGACAAAAAUUAUGGUUCUUCUAUCAGAAAAAAAAUUGGUGUGUUUCAUCUUUUUCGUCUUCUUUUACUGCUUAGCCCUUGUUUCAAGGAAUAUUAAAGUAAAAGUGUAAUGAUCUUUAA